UUAACAAGCGGCUAAGUUCCCUAAUUCUGCGACAAGGCCGCACCUUGAAUGCUAAACCUGUAUCGAAUGCCCGUUAUUUCAGCUUUAAUUAGAGUCUAGAUGUCGUUGAUUUCUGUGUGAUAUGUCCAGCAGGAUGCCUGUAUCUCAAGGCCAGCUCAAGCUGGCUGAAAAACUUUCAAUUCUCAAUGAUCGUGGCACAGGAAUGCUUGCAAGACUAUACAACAUCAAAAAGGCUUGUCAAGAUCCAAAGUCACGUCCAGCGUUCCUCUCAGAGAAAAGUCUGGAAUCAUGUCUCAAGAGUAUCGUCAGGAAAUUUCCUCAUACAGAGAAGAAUGCACAUGGUCAGCUGAGUCCUAUAGAUACCAGGAAGGCCGAGAUUCUCAAGGUGCUGAGUGUGUACUACAUGACAUUCAGAGAUAUCUUAGAAUACAAGGACCAUGUCUCAGAACUAUUGACUGUAAUAGCAACAUGCAACACAAACCUGGAUAUUACUUGCAACUUUGACAUGACCAAGAAUUACCUAGACCUUGUUGUGAAGUAUGUCUCAAUCUUACUACUACUGGCUAGAGUUGAGGACAGGAAAGCCAUGCUGGGCCUAUACAACACAGCAUAUGAUCUAGCAAAUCAAAGAAGUGAGCCAUCAUUUGCUCGUCUUGGAACCAUGAUAAUGGAGUACGAACAUCCAAUGAAGAAGCUUGCAGAAGAAUUCAUCCCAUUAGAGAGAUGUGUAGCCUCGGCUCUGUUCUCGCUCCUUCAUCUUUACCCACGUCGUAACCUGACUGCCGAGCAGUGGAGGUCACAGGAGAUGCUCAGUCUGGUUGCCAAGCCUAAUGUCCUCCUUAACCCAGCACAAAGUGAAACAAUGAGAUGUGAAUACCUAUCCCUUGACACACUCGAGAGAUGGAUUAUAAUUGGAUUUAUGGUAUGCCCCACCCUUCUGACAACCAAUGAGCGUGCCCUAGCCCUAUGGCGCCCCGCCCUGCAGAGCUCUUAUUGUAUCACCCUGUGUCGUGAUGAGGUGCUCAUCUUCCAUAAAUACAUUGAGGUCUUCUUCACCUCCAUCAAAGGGUUCAGUAAGAAAGCCCAAGAAGUGAAGGAUGCGGCUACCCAUGCAUUGAAUUAUGCACCUGGCCUUCACAAGGAGAGAAGAAAGUUCUUGAGGACAGCUCUAAAGGAGCUCAUCACCAUCAUCUCUGAUCAGCCUGGGUUACUGGGACCAAAGGCUUUGUAUGUCUUCAUGGGUCUUGCGUUUGCUCGCGAUGAGAUCCUGUGGCUUGUAAGACACACUGAGCAUCCUCACCCUAAGCUCAAGAAUAAACCAGUCAUGGAUGAUCUUGUGGAUCAUCAUCUACCAGAGCUACUCUUCUACAUCGAGGAACUACGUGGUCUUGUGAAGAAGUAUUUCUAUGUCCUGCAAGACUACUACAUCCAGUAUCUCAAUGGAUAUGAUGCUAUCGUGCUCAACAACAUUGUCAAGAGUCUUACCAUGUGCCCAGAAGAUGAAUCCAUCAUCUUAUCAUCCUUUGUACAGACCUUGGAAUCACUCAAUGUUAAACAAGUGAAAGAAGGUCCACAACCAGACUUCACUGGAUUCCGUCUUGAUUGGUUCCGUCUACAAGCCUAUACCAGCAUCAGUCGAGCUACCUUGGUCCUAGGUGAUAAUACUGAACUAGCUAGAACAAUGAACACUAUCAUCUUCCAUACAUUGAUGGUGGAUGCUGCUGAUGAGGUUCUCUUGGAAACAUCUGAUCUUAGUAUCUUCUGUCACCACAGUCGUAUCUUUGAGCGUAACUUUGAGAUGUCUCUAGGCUAUCCUACCCAAUCUCGUUUUGCGGUGGCCUUCCCCCUCAUCUGUGCUCAUUUCAUUAAUUGCACACAUGAGCUAUGCCCUGAGGAGAAAAGCCCACGCAACCAUCGCGAUACCGUUCUUUAUUUCACCGACAGGAGGUUUCAUGUUGGAGAGCGUAGUCUAUCGGUGACCAAUGCUUUCCUUGACCGUCUCGCUAAGGAGGUCAAGGAUGUAGUGACCAGAAUCUGUUCUGAGCAAUGUAACCUAAGUGACCAGCUUCUGCCCAAGAAUGCUGCACCCCUUCACAUCAAGCAUGAACUUCAACGUAAGACCAAGCAGAAUGUUGAUAAGAAUCGUUUGAAGACACUCACGGAGAACCCUAUGCCUGGGACUGAAAGCUUCAGGAAAACCAGAGAAAACUUGACAGAAUUUGAUCGUCUUCACAUCUCACUAUCUGAGUUGUGUACAGCUAUCAAUUACUCAGCUAAGAUCAUGGUUUGGGAACAUACUUUUUCACCAAGAGAGUAUCUCAUCCAGCAUCUGGAAGCCAGGUUUGCCAAAGCACUUGUAGGAAUGAUGAUGUACAGCCCUGACACUAAUGAGAUAGCUAAACCCUCAGAGCUUCUCACCAGUGUUAGGACCUACAUGAAUGUCCUGCAAAGCAUUGAAAGCUAUGUCCAAGUUGAUAUCACCCGAGUGUUUAACAAUGUAAUGCUACAACAAACCCAACAACAGGACAGUCAUGGAGAGAAGACUAUCACCAUGCUAUAUACUAACUGGUAUCUUGAGGUAUUCCUUCGCAAGGUAACCACUUGCCACAUCAUCUACUCUCCUCAUCAGAAGGCAUUCAUCAGUCUAGCUCCUGAUAAACAUCUACCGUUCAAUGCAGAGGAAUAUACCGAUGUUACAGAGCUGAGAUCGUUAGCAGAGCUGAUUGGAGCAUAUGGAAUGAAGUUUCUUCAUGAGAGUCUUAUGUGGCAUAUUGCCAGUCAGAUGGGAGAACUUAAGAAACUUGUUCUUGAAAACCGUGAAGUAUUGACUCAACUUCGAACCAACUUUGACAAGCCUGACGUCAUGGCCCAACUAUCAGUCCAACUCAAACAUAUAGAUAACUUAUUGAUGCGUCUGAACAUCAUCGGUAUCAUCCUUGCCUUCAAGAGUCUAACACAAGAAGCUCUCAGUGAUGUCCUUGCUCGAAGAGUACCAUUCCUCUACAGUGCUAUCAUAGACUUCAAGGAACAUGUCCGAGCAGCUGGACAGGAUGCUAUCAUUGUGGAUACUCUAGCCAACAGUGUUGGUCUGUCCUGCAAUGUAGAUCCAGCCCUGGUCAGUGCUCUUCGCUCAGAGAAAGAGAUUGACCCAGAGUCGGACUAUACCCUGUCUUGUCUUCUGAUGGUGUUCAUCGCUGUCUCACUCCGUACCUUAGCCCGUCAGGAGGGUACUGUCUAUCAUCCAGUAUAUGAUUUGUCCAUCCUAAUCACUGUCACUGUCUUGUAUUCUAUUUCAGUUGACCCAGAGUCGGACUAUACCCUGUCUUGUCUUCUGAUGGUGUUCAUCGCUGUCUCACUCCGUACCUUAGCCCGUCAAGACGGUACUGUCUAUCAUCCAAUGUAUGAUGCCCAUCCUAACAAUUGCCACUGCUAUGCCAAGGCUAUCAAUGCCAUCGCUGGUGCUCUCUUCUCACUUCAUGGCAGGGGUGAUGUUGAGGAAAGACUCCAAGAAUUCCUUGCUCUGACAUCAUCUAACAUGCUUCAUCUUGGCCAAGAGACUGACAAGGCUAUCACAGUCAAGGGACGAGAAUCUCUUCACCUCCUCCUAGAUCAGAUUGUGAAAGAAUCGCCAUUCCUGACACAGGACCUCUUAGAAUCUUGCUUCCCAUACGCUCUUCUGAGGAAUGCAUACCACACUGUACUGAAGAGAGACUAAAACCUAUCACGAUACCAAAGAGAUCUUAGCUGGAAAGUACACACAUUCAGGAUGCAGAAACAUGAAUUCUUUAAGGUGCUUCUACUUUCAUCUCUGUGACAAGAUAAGGUAUGUUUGAACAUCAAAAACUCGGAAGACCUAGUAUCUUGUCCCCAUAGACAGUUAAGAUAUUCCUGUCGUAAACCAAACUUAAGUUCUGGGCCCUCCUACACAAUUUUAGUGAUUGAUUGUAAAGCUGAUUUUAAUGUUUGAUUACAUUGACCAUAAUGUGCAAUCGGCCAUAAGAUUCAAUUAUAUAAUCAAUUGCUAAGUUUAGUGUUACCAGGUCCUGAUCAGAGGAAAAAUCUUGUUCAAGAUGCUUUUUCAUGAGACUUGAAUUCCUGCAACGUCCAGGGAGAGCAUGUUUGGGGGGAAAAGGAGGGGCUUAAAAACUGUGAAAGCAGAUGUUCUUCUUUGUACAGGAAGAAAAUACUCUGGAAUGGCUACUUCCAUAAAUCAAAGUGGAUUUUGCAUUCAUCUCAUAUGUAAUGAGUUGAAUAGUGCAUGGUGAAACACAUUUCAUAGAACAAGCUCACUCUAUCAACUUUCUUGUAAAGUCAGAAUAGACAUUUUUGUUUUUUUUUCAAAUUGAAAUAUGUUGUAUAGUAUGUAUAUGAAGCAUAGUCAUUUGUUAUAUGUAUAUAGAGAUCAAUAGUCUAGUCUACUCAACAUUUUUUUGUGAGAGAGAAUUGUCAUUAUUCAAACUUCUCUUUUAGAUGCUUAUCAAAAUAUUGUACAUGUAUGUGAAUUAUUUGUUUAUUUCUAUUGAGAUAAGAAGAACUGAAUAUUUAAUCUGAUUUUAUAAUCCCAAUCAUCUAUAUUUUUUGGUCAGUAGUUGAUAGAGGGGUGAAAGGAGCUUUAAAUUUUAAUUUGGGAAAUAUUCUAAAUGUCUCAUUGGUGAUACUUUUAGUGAGAUCAUGAAUUCUAUAUGAGUGAAUUAUGGAUUUGGUGAAUGUUUGCAAGAUUGGGUUUAUUUAUUUUAUGUAAUUGUGAUUGAUCAUUCAAGAGAGAGAGAGUUGUACUUAAUUUACAAAGUAUGCAUUUUAAAAUGUAUAAGGAAUUUUCAUAACUCUCACCAUUUAUGUCCCUUUAUGCCAUAAAUAUUCAAUGUGGGAAAGGUAAACAUAUUUUUGGCAUCUAUCCUCCCAGAUGUGUUUAGUUAUCGUACUUAUAGAUAUUUUUUUCUUUAUAUCUGUUUUGUAAUAAAGGGUGUUAACUGUUUUAUGCUUGUGCUUUCAACUAUGUAUUUAUAGUAGUAGUAUUAUUACACAUUGUACACAGAAACAUGGAGGAUGCUUUUUAUAUGAGCAUAGAGUAUGAUGUAAUAUUAUUUCAUGCCAACAGCAUGUAUUGUGAUGAUACAAAGUAGAUGUAAACCAUUGAUGCACACACAUAACUACAAAAAAAUAUAUAUAUGAUAAAAAUCGUAUGAACUUGAUGUGAAAAUAAAAUGAUUCUAAUUGAUUCUGAAAUUAGACCUUCAAAUUUUCAUUAA